GCUGAACUCAGGAGCAUCAGAUGAUCAAUCUCCUCUCUGGUAGACAGUUUUGAAGAGAAGACUUGCGAUCUAUGAGGAAGUGGAACAGCAGACGACGACCUAUGCAGCUUUGGUAGAUUACGAUGGUGGCUGAAGCGUUUAGGGAACAGAUUAGAACCAGACACAGGGCUGUGCUACCAACGAUGCAGUUUUAGUGCGUCCGUUCAUUGCAUUGCACAGCAAACUGCUCGCCUCUUUGGCUCCGCUGCAUUGCAUCAGAGGGUUUUGGAUUAUCUCCAGGGAAGUAGCUGCCUGAUAGGGUGGUGGCAUCAUGGAUGCAUUGCAUAGGGUUUUGAUGGCGAGGGAGGUCUUGGCACGGAGAGUUUCUGUACGGCCAUUUGUUGGAGACUUUUCAUCAUCCUGGGAUGGGCGCAGUGGAGCUGGGGUGCACGUCUUCUCAGCGGCGGGCCUUCCUACUGUUGAGGAGCAACUUCCCUUCACGGUCACUUUUGCCAAGGAGCGGUGUGGGGGCGAUUUAGUGGCUGCUGCUGGAGAAGGGGGCUGCGUCCAGCUUUUUGACACCUCAAAAUCGCCCCCCGAAUACCCUGACAUACACGGCCCAGGAACUGCGAUUGACACCUGGCAAGCGCACAGCAACUCCAUCUUCGACAUUGCGUGGCUCCAGAAUGACACGCAUCUGCUGACAGGCUCUGGGGACCAAGUGAUCCGGCUGUGGAACCUGGAGGCCCAGCGGUGCGUCCAGGAGCUGCGGGGGCACCAGGGCAGCAUCAAGUCGGUGUGCGUCCAAGCCACACAGAACAAUUGCUUGGCUUCGGGCGGCCGCGACGGGGCCAUCAUGCUGUGGGACCUCCGGACGGCCGUCCGCGCGACGAGACCGUCCGGCAGAGUGUACAGCAGGUGUGAUCCGGUCGCGACCAUCAAAAAUGCGCACCCGUCUCCACUGGUCGCCCCUCGGCGGCGCAGCUCCAAGGACGCGGCCGCGGGGGUGACCUCCGUUUUGUACCUCAAGGAUGGCACCAUCAUUGCCAGCUCGGGUCAUGCUGACGGAGUGAUCAAGUACUGGGACACCAGGAAGCUCCACGCGCCGCUCGUACAAACGCCGCAGCUGACGAGCGCAGAGUCGCCAGAGGCUCCGGCGCGCAUCCAUGGCAUCGUCUGCUUGGCCCAGGACUCCACGGGCGGCCGCUUGAUCGCCUCCAGCCGGAACAACCACAUUUACAUGUACGACGCGCUCAAUCCAGAGCGCGGGCCCUUCCAUAGCUUCACAGGGCACCAGAGCCAGUCCUUCUACACCAAGGCCACGUUCAGCCCGGAUGACAGCCACAUCCUGAGCGGGUCCACAGACAACCACGUGUACAUAUGGGAGGCGGACCGUCCGCAGAGCGGUCCGUUUGUGCUGGAGGGCCACGUGGGCGAGGUGACCGGAGUAGACUGGUGCAAGACGGACGUAACCAAAGUAGCCACGUGCUCCGACGACUGCACGGUGCGGGUAUGGACCAUCAAGCGCUCCCGUGAAGGUCGCGACGGCCGCGCCAACGCGGCCGCGAUGCGCAAGCGGAUCUACUCGGCGCGGCCAAACCCUGCUCCUGCCCCGGCCUCGGAUCUCGGUCCCGAAACGCCUACAUCAGCAACUUCGCGCGCGCGCGCUUCCAAGGAAGCAGCCGCUGACGUGGCAGCUGCUUGUGCGUGUGUGGAUGUCGGGGGAAAGGAUCUGCCCGGGGCGCCUGGGGAGAGGGAACCGGGGGCUGUUUUGGAGGUGGAGAAUGCGACCGGUACGAGUGAGCGGUUGAAACCGGAGGCUGCUUUGAAGGCGGAAAAUGCGACCGGUACGAGUGGGCGGUUGGAACCGGAGGCUGUUCUUGAACCGGAAAAAGCGACCGGGACGAGCGGACAAUUGAAAGAAGGGGGUGUAGGGUCCGGUGGGGAGAUGGACCGGGGGUUAUCUGCCGGGGGUUCUGGAAGAGGCGAAAACCUAGGGGCCGAAUCGGUGGACGUUUAUGGGGGUAAGAAAUGUGAGCUGCGCUUGGGUGGUCCGAUCGAUAACCGGGCACUCAGGCCGGUGCAAAUAUACGGGAGCGAAAGCAAAGUGGAAGCUUUGCAGAGGAAAUGUACGGCACAAAGAGCGGAGGCAACGGAAACGGAAGCCCUUCAAGCGACGCCGCACAAGGAGGGGACUCGCGUUCUCAGCGCGGGGGGGAGUCUGAACCCCAGCCGAUCUCCAUCGACGCCUGUGAAUGUGGAAGGGUUUGAAGAGGGACGGCUCGGAUUGAAUCCCGGUCCAUCUCCGCAGUUCGCAUUCUGGAACUUGGGGUCUCGGGUGAGGGCACCCCAAGAGACGGUGGUUAGGUCCAGUGACGGGACUCAUGCUUCCGAACCUGGUCUACAGAGCCCGUGUUUGAGGUUAGAUGCUAGUAAUGCAAAGGUCAGCGAGAAAGCGGUUAGCCCGUUGAGAAAGGAAGGGCCGGGGCGUUCCGUACACCGCCUGCCGCUGAGUCCGACCCGGGUGAACGUCCAGGUUAGGGGCACGCCUAAAAGGUCCCCGGGGAUCCCCCUCGGCGAACUGCUAGAUCAGCAAGAAAACGUCAGCCCUCUUGGCCUGAAAAAUGCAGUGACGGCGACCGUCAAGGACAAGGACGCACUCGAAAGUCCGUCGUCUGUGUUAAUGUCACCUCUCGAGUCGAGUAGGAAGAGGCAAAGGACGAUUAUUGACUAUUUCAAGAAUCCUUGAGUAGGACACAGCUAAGCUCGCUCAACGUGUCCCCCUGCCAAGAAACUCAGAAUUGUGUUUGCGCUGGCCAGUCAAGUCCUCAGGCAGAGUACCUUCAAAGAACGCGGCAAUGCGGUGCUUGCCACGUCGCCGGGCCUUCUGCUGC